AUGGCUGAAUCUACACAUCUGGCGGUAUUCCCGCCCGAAGUAUUGGCUCGAAUCGCCCCUGAUGUCUCGCUCCAGCGCCACUUGGCACUUGGGCUCCGUCCCUGCUUGCGUGCGUUCGACGAAUUCAGACCUCUUCACACCGCUGCUGGAAGCAUGAACAACCUCGGUGAAAACACCGUGGUGGGCCUGGCAACGGUCAAGAACGGUCAGACUCAUGUUUUUUGCGGUAUUACCAUCGCCAUCAGCGAGCUCAACCAGUCUGAUGAGCUUUUGUCUGGUGAAAAUGACAAGGCCGCCUACCUGUCUGUUUAUCCGGUGGUGGAGAUCGCCAGAGGACGCAAUGGUGCCCCCAGCGACGAGGAGAUGAUUCUCUCACAAAAACUAUAUAAUUAUGUACUUCAUCUGCGUGUUCUUUCGGAAAAGGCUCUCGAGUUUGUCCCUGGUUAUCAAAUUUUCGAUGAAGAAUCUGGCAUUUCCUCAAUUGCAUACCUCGACGAUGAUUCGUCGCCGCUGGCCGACUUGCUAGGCCUCAGUACCGUCAAUAUCACCAAGAAAAGAUUCAAGUUCGUCUUAUCCGCACAUAUCAAGGUAUUUUCCCGCUCGGGACCUUUGUAUGAUGUUGUACACCAGGCACUCAUGGCUGCGUUGCAAGAUGUCAGUCUUCCCCGGAUUUAUUUGGCUGACUCGGGCAUUGAUGCUAACGUUCGUAUUCCCGUGCGUUCGAGAGGCAAUUUCGGCCAUUUAAAUCAGCAGUCUGAUUCCUUUUGCAUCGAUCCUAACCCUGAUGUGAUUACAAAACUUGCAUUGAACGAGCCAGAGGUUGCAGUUUCCACCAGUUUUGGACUCGUCGACUGGCAAUCUGAAUCUACCGACAGUGCUACCGUGUUGUUGGCAGACUUAGAAGGUGAAGCCGAAGAGAUUUGCGCAGAAUCCAAACUCACAGUGGUUUCCACAGGCGAAAAGCUUAAACACGUCAGUAUCGUGGGUGGCGGAGCUAAUGUUACUUUAGAGUCUCUCCAGCAGGCGGUGAAAAUCGCAAAUGCCAGGGCAGUUUCUAUUAAAAGCUCUUGA